CUCCGAGCCAGUGCAGUCAAUCAAUUCCUUUGUCACUGCUGCAAUGCUGCGAACGAACAAUGUUCCGUGGCAAGUGUCGCCGGCUCGACCAGCUAUUUUGUUGUCGGCCACUAAUCUCCUGGCCGGUUUCCAAAACUUGACGCUCCAGAGUCUCAGUACGAGUGAGGAGGUCAACGACAUCCACUGUGUGUUUUGCCUGGCCGAGGAUGGAGACCAUGCAAACGAGUGCGUGAUCUUGCGUUGUGGUCAGUGCCAAGCGCUUUCUCACCUAGCCUGUGCGGAAGAAUGGUUGGAAAGGCGCCGUGUGGGAUUCGGCACGUCAUGCUGUGUCUGUCGAAACGAAGGAACUCUAGACGCCUUGAUUCGCCCACUCCGAGUCCUAUCGUCGGAUGCCGGGACACAUUCUGUCCAGACGGCAACUGAUCCAUCUCCUGAUGGAGAACUCGACACGGCCAGGAUUUCAUCACCAAACGAUCCUAGUCAGAGUCAGCCAUGUCAGCGGUCAGUGGGAACCCCAGGGGUAUCAGUCGAGCAUAGUAGCCGCCGGCGCUCAGCCAGACUAGCAGGAGCUCAUCUGCUGCGAGACUCUUCUACCGCUACAUCGCUUCGCCGG